CUGAAACCGCCAAACUGGGGUUUGGACGACAAAUCGGAUCACGCUUCGGUGUGAAGUAGGGUCUUUUGAAUCAUCAACCUGUUAAUCGGUGUUUUCAAGAGGCAGAUCUCUGUCACCAUCAUCCUGAGUGUUUCUCAACGAACUGUCAACGAAGCAUGGCAGCAUCUGAGGAGGCGUCGCAGUUCGAGGAGCUCAUAGGCUUCAUCUCUGACCCGCGCGUGUCGGCGAGAUCCGGCGCCAUCGACAUAGUGGUUGGCUUCGCAACCAACAAGGCGUUCGUGGACUUCUGCAGCGACAGGGAGCGGGCCAAGUCGGUGGUCAAGCCGCUCCUGCGGCAGCUGGGCCAGGGCAAUGAGCUGUCCCACAAGGCACUCACUGCACUCAUCAACCUCGCGGAGAUCCCUGAGAUCGGUACGCGGCAGAGAGCCAGACCGAAGCGCUUGUCGCACUCACUAGUGUGUGUGGUUCCCCGGUGUGCUUCUUGUGCUUGUUGUGCUUGUCUGUCUUCAGUGUCGUCGAUGCUUGAUGCGUCGGGUGUUCGUCGGCUGAUGGAGAGUCUGUGGGACAUGAUGGCCGCUCGGGAGAGCCGCAGCCAUGACAGCACGCCGCUGCACGAAGAGCUGAACCUCAUGCUGCUGGCCAACCUCACGAGGGACGACAAGGGAGUCGCACACGUGCUGCAGGUGGGUUAUUGCCGAGGGGCAUGAAAGGGGUUCUCAUUCAUCCAUCAGAUCCAUGUCACACAGUGUGUUGUGCCAUCUAUGUGUAGACCCACGAGAAGGAGGAGAGUCGUGGGUCGUUCCUCGCCACUCUGCUGAAGCUAUUCUUCGAUCCCCCGGCGCCAUCAGAGGACAGGUGGGUGUGAUUGAUGUUUGAAUGGCGGCCAUGGGCACGGUGACCGUGUGUAUUGUAUUGGAUGAUGCUUCUCUGCUUGUGUGUGUCGUGUCAGGGAGCACCCUGAUCGGUGCCUGUGGGUGGGGCACAUUCUAUUCAAUGUCACGGGCACACAAGAGGGCAGAGAGGCCUUCCUCAAGGGGGCGCCACACACGCUCAACGCUCUCAGGUACGCACAGACAGACAGACAGACAGACAGCCAGGGGCUGACAGACAGGGGCUCCCAAUGUGCUCGUACGGACGGCGGCCUCUGUUUCCCUCCUCUCUCUGUCCAGUAAGCAGCUUCGCUACACUGGUCGUCGCCCCACCGUCCUGCAGACCCUCCGGCAUACAGCGCUGGACCAAUCCGCCCACCAGAAGUUGCUCGCCGACCAGGUGGAGCUGAUGCCCCGCGCACUGACCCUCGUCUACCCGCCAAAGGGCCCCAAACGGGACAGGCCGGUGAUUGAGGGGCAGGGGAAUGGCGUGACGGAGGCGCCUGUGGCCGACGCGUCGGUGCAUCCCAUCAUCGAUGUAAGUGAGUGACCGACACAGAAAGGGUUUGCGUGCAUGUAUGUAUGUGUGUUGUCCCCGAUCAGACUGAUGGGUUCGGUCCAGUGCGCGACGAGUCAGUCCGCAAGUUGGUUGCCGACAUCGUCUUCAUCCUGGGGGCCACCAAAAGCGGCAGGUAGGAAGGCACCUGACACAUGUGGGUGUCGUCAACUGCCGCAGUGUGUUCUGUCUGCUUCUUUCCUUCAGGGAGGGGUUGCGGCGGCUGGGUGCGUACGAGGUGCUGCGGGCAUGGCAUCUCAACGAAGAGGCCGACCACAUCCGGUUGGCGGGCAAACACACACAUGGACAAAGAGAGAUGUGCCUGCAUCGCUCUCUGUGUGUGCGUCUGUGUGUGCAGGGACCAGAUCGAGAACAUGGUGCACCUGUUUCACUAUGAGGAGGAGGAGCUGGACGAACAGGACCGGCUUGAGGCUUUGAGGCGGCAGACACAACAGGCACUCAAAGCCGCCAAGGAGAAAGCCGAGGCCGACAAACACACCACUGACACGUACGAGGAACCAGCACGCAGCGGCACGCACAACUCUGCCCAUAAACUGUCUCUCUGCCUGCCUGUCCAGCUCUUCUCGCGACACCGACGUCCCCCCUCCCCUGUCAGCAGACGAGGCCGUUGCCGAUGGCGCGCCAGGCGCUGGUGUGAGUGAGAAGACGAGUGUGCCGUUCAAGGUGUCCACACAAGUGGACGAAAUGGACUGAAGUGAGUGGAUGCGCGUGUUGCCUCGUGUCGGGAGUGCUUUGGGGCUGUGUGUUUGUGACGCUUGGGUAGUAGGCGG